CCCUCGUCUACCGGCAGCCCCCGCGCCGGCAUUCCCCUUGGUAUGCUCCAAGAUGGCGUCCUCCAUAGUGCGGCGCGGGGUCCUGCGGGCGCGGAAAGUGUUGCUGCCUCAACUCUCCCUGGCAGGUAGAAGAUGCCUGCUUUCUGCAGCGUAUGUGGACAGCCAUAAAUGGGAAGCAAGAGAUAAAGAAGAUUGUCACCUCGCGGAUCUAGCAUCUUUAAUGGAUAAAACAUAUGAGAGACAGUUGCCUGUUAGUUCUUUAACAAUAUCACGGUUUGUGGACAACAUUGCAUCUCGAGAAGAUAUAGACCACGCGGAGUAUUAUCUUUACAAAUUUCGACACAGCCCCAACUGCUGGUACUUGAGAGAUUGGACUAUCCACACGUGGAUUAGGCAGUGUCUAAAAUAUGGUGCACAGGACAAAGCCUUAUACACCCUUAAAAAUAAGGUCCAAUAUGGCAUUUUCCCAGAUAACUAUACAUUUAAUUUACUGAUGGAUUAUUUCAUAAAGAAAGAAAAUUACAAAGAUGCUUUAUCCGUGGUUUUUGAAGUCAUGAUGCAAGAAGCUUUUGAAGUCCCUUCCACCCAGCUCCUCUCCCUCUAUGUUUUGUACCACUGCCUUGCAGAGAAGACAGACUUGAGUUGGGAAGAGGAGAGGAACUUUGGUGCAUCCCUGUUACUCCCAGGUCUAAAGCAAAAGAACUCAGUGGGGCUGAGUUCCCAGCUAUAUGGCUAUGCACUUCUUGGGAAGGUGGAAUUGCAGCAAGGGCUGAGGGCUGUGUACCGCAACAUGCCCCUGCUCUGGCAACCAGGCUACCUCCACAGAGCCCUUCAAGUGAUGGAGAAGGUGGCCUCCUCCCCAGAAGAUGGACAGCUGUGUGGAGAAGCGCUCGAUGUGCUGGACAGAGUGCUAAAGGCUGUGACUGCUCCGGCCCAGGGGACUUCAGAGGAACAGCCCCAGGAAGGUGAGGAAAGCCAGAGGUCAGAAGAACUGGUAGAGCAGUUGGAUGUGGAGGAAACUGAACAGUCCAAGCUUCCUCAGUACCUGGAACGAUUUGAGGCUUUACAUUCUAAGCUGCAGGCUCUGGGCAAAGUGGAGUCAGAAAGCCUGCUGACCCUGAGCACCCAGCUCGCCAAGGCCCAGCUCCCAACCUGUGAAGCGGAAGACAUCGCUGUCUAUGAGCAGAGGCUGCAGCAGUGGCACGGGGAGCGCGUACGUUUGAUCCAGAGAGAACAAGAGCAGAGGGAGAGGGCGAGGCAGGAUUACGAGGCUCGGAGAGCAGCCAAGGCAUCUGCCUAACCAGGCCACUCGGGGACCCCAGGACCCUCACCAGACCUGCUGCAGGAUUCGUAGUCACUCAGCUGCCUCCAUCCACCUUCUUUUCUUGAAGCGGAGCACCUGUGGUGUACAGGCCAUGCUGUUCCACCUGUCCAGCCACUGUGACCACCCACCCAGAUGCCAAGAAGGCUGUGGACCCAUCGGAAGUGGCCAGUAGUCAGUCUGAAGCUACCAGCUAAAUACCCUAAGUAAGGGCUCUCAAGGCUUCUGGUGGAGUUCCUGGGGGACAGGAAUCAAUUUUGAACUUUGAAAGUCCCUAAUCCCUAGCAAUGGUGAUGCCAUGGUUGAAGAAUCAGGUCUUAAGCACAAGCUUUGGAAUGGUUUCUGUCCCCAGCCCAGACCCGCUGCACAUCCUGAGAUCUUAUCCCCUCAGUCUCCUCUUCUGCACAAGCUCUCGGCCCGAGCGGGUUGGGGGUGCCCACACGCCCUCUUGCCCCUCUUCCUGCGUCUCCCCCUUCCUGAACUGACCUGUGGGAAGUUCGGUGCAGGAGCAAACAUAAGGCCUGCUGGCUUUUGAAUUUCAGGGGGGCCCCAGUGGCAUUUUGAGAAUGCAGGGGCUUCUGAGGAGAGACCUUGGCCUGGCUUUCCCAUCAUGUUGGGAUAACUUUUAUACAAAGCGUUGUCUCAGCUUCUCAUCAGUCAGGUCAAGGAGCCUUCCGUGUAUCCACAUGUACACACAUACAACUUGUCAACACAAGUUCCAGUUAGAAGUUGGAGAAAAUGAGGGAUGGGGUGGGGCUUGCAGUGCAGAGGAGAGAUGCAUGAUUGUGAAACUGUCUCGAGGCGCAGAACUCCCCUCCGACGUUUCCCUGUGGAAGGGGUCGGGGCAGCUCUUGCUCUGUAAUGUUGCCCUUAGGUGUAGCGGUGUAUUUCUACACAGCGUUGAGCUCUUUUAUCAAGAACCUGUGGAAAUAAAUGUUCUGGGAUCAUC